AAUAUCAUAAAUGUGAUAUUUGGUCUUGGCGGCCUUAUGCUAGGCGCUAUUGCCACUGUUCUUGCAGUAACUAUCAAUCAUCAUAUACGAAAGGGAAAAUCCAAAAUUGAAGAGAAAGAACGCCCAGGGGUUGCUAAUGUGAACAACGCUGGUUUGGAGAUUGAAAUGGAUGCAGUUCAGAACAUUCCCACGGUUCAUUGUACAAAUGAGGGAAAAUAUGGAAAUUUGCUGCCAUUUGCUCACUCUGUUAAAUUGUCAAGAAAGAGAAACGCCCAAGAAGCCAAAACACGUUCGAUGACGAAGAAGGAGGAAAACGGUGACAUAUACAAUCAUCUACAUGAAAAAGAAAAUGAUCCUGACAUUGAUGAGAUAAAUUACGACCACGCCCCUGAAAACCUUUGUAAUGCGAUGGGAGAAAGUAAUUACAGUAAUCUCUAAGAAUAAAUAAGGAACCGUUUCCGUUUCUGAGGAUAAUGAUAAUGAUGUCCAAAAGGCAGCUGGUGAUUGUAUGAUAAGUGUUCAUGGAAAACACAGUAAAGAAUGUGUAUAUUCUUGACAAAGACAAUGUUUUUUAUGCUUUUUAUUGCCUUUUAUAGUUAAGCUUUAGAAACCCUGAAAACAACAGUACUAGUGUGUUAAGACACUGUUUCUUUAACAUUACUGUUUGUUGCUUUUCUAAGUUAAUCUUCAGAAACCCUUAAAAUAGCAUAAAGAAAAACAAUUAUAGUUGUGUAUUACUUAUUGAAAUGUAUUCCGAUCGACAUUUGAUGUAAGGAGCAAUAUGUUUCCCUGUUCAUAUGACGUUUCAGUGAUGCCUUUUAUACAUCUUCUCAUAGCAGUCUGCAGUGAUGUUCAGACAAUACCAGCCAGCUCAGAAAAGUGACCCAGACAUGUGCUGUAGUAUACUUGUCUUACACACAAAAUAAUAAGUUUUUAUUGUAACUAGUCUCUCUGAUUUAUGGUAGCUAUUUUUACUAUUUAUAUAACUUUAGGUCAUCACACUGUCUUUCUUUAUCAGUAUUAACAUAUUUUUUUAAAAAUCGACAAAUUGACUACCAUAUGUACUACAAUGCUUCUUGAUUUUUGUUGAUACUUAAAAAAAUCUUCAAAAUGUGGCCGAAUUUCCCUGUUAUCGCAAUUGCAAAAGUAACUAUAAUUUGAAGAAUUUUCCCUAGAGUAAGCAACGUAAGAUUUGUCAUUCGAAUUGGGAAAUCUCAUAGUUUCUUCUCCUACGUUUAAAGACGCAGCCUAUUAUUCAUUUUGCGUAUGAUUUGCCUUGAGAUCUAGAGGUGCAGUAUGAUUUUAAAAUCUAAAAUUUUGUCCAGACUAAUAUCCAUUAUAUUAUUGUUAUGACACACAAGGGGGUAUUAUAUUGUAUUUUAUCAAUUUAAAGUUCACGAUGUAAUACAGAUAUAAAAAUAAGUUUUAUAAUGGGGCAUAAGGAAGUAAAAGCAGGAAAUUUUCUCAAUAAGAUAAAUGGUUCAUUUGUUUACAACCCAAGUUGGGUUGCUCGGAGUGAAAAACAGAUUCUUUCUAUGUACAAUACUUCCUUGUUUUUAGGAGAAAAAAUAUUAGCACGUGUUUUGACUUGACAGAGUAAGAGCUCUCAAUUGUUGUUUGAUCCGUAUGAGCUCGCAAUGCAUUUUCUUUCUGUUACAUGUACUUUAGUCAAACUGUAAUUUGAAUGAGUAAACAAAUAUAACAUUUA